AUGACGCUGCGCUCAGGGUCCAGAGGGCGUUACGCCACCCCUCUGGAGGACUUUGUGUUCCUGAGGAUAUCAAAUGAAAAUGGCAUCUACUGCUCAGAGAAAGAGUCAAAUGUUGACCGUGGAGAUGCUGAGGGUUCCCUGAUGCGAUGUGGGCAGAGCCUGCCACCGUCAGCAGGGGGUCACACCGAGGGGGUUUACCCUCAGAGCCUUCAGUGCAGCAGACCCUCAGCUGACCUCCUUCUGCAGCACGACUCUCACCAAGACAGGAGAUCCUCCUCUGCCUUGCAGAGGACCCUGCCGGGGGCCUCACCCGGGCUGAGCUGCAGUGCCAACGGGGCUCACUCCGCUAUCCCUUACCCGAUCAAACAAGAAAACUCAAUGGGCUACAAGCUCUCCAGCACGGUGUCCGGAGCCCAGAGCUCAUCUCCAGCCAGGUUUCAGGCCUGUAGGGCAAGCCAAGCUUUGGAGGUGCCAAGGGAUGAGAUAGCCGCUUUGCACGUUAGCAACAACAGCAAUGGCGUAUGUGCAGUGAGCGGCGUUGGUAGCACCGUGUCAGGGGACGCAGUGCAACCGUUUAAUAAUGAAGAUGGCUCCUCCCCACUGGCUUUGUCUCCAACUGACUCCCGUCAUUCAGCGCGGUUACGUGCUAGUAGUCUGAAGAGACGCUGCCUGUCCUUGGCUUCACAGUCCACCGCCGCCGCUGGCACCGGCAGCGUCGCCGCCACGGGCUCUCCAUCGACUACUGGCGCCGCUUCUGAGGAAAUCAAUAUCACUGCAAUCAUCUGCUCCUCCUCCCAGAUGUCAAUGGUUGCCUGCGUCAACGGGUUCCACGCUAACCUCUCACCCAGCCACACCAGCAGUGCCGGCUUCUCCUCCUCUUCCUCCUCCUCUUCUACGUCCCCACCCUCUAACUACUGCUCCCGGGAAGCCCCCCAGAGGCCCCCACCUCACAGCAGCCCCCAGCAGGCCACCCUACAGGAGAGCUGUCAGCUGUCUUCACCUGCCACCUGCCUGCUGUCCCUUUCCUCCUCCUCUUCGUCCUCUUCGUCGGUGUCAUUAGUGGAUCCGGAGCAGGGCCACGGGCAGAGCCUGGGGCUGUGCGAGGAGCCGGGCUCCAUGCUGCGGGGGCGUGGGGCUGGAGGAGCGGCCAGGGGAGAGGUGGGAGGAGGAGGCGGCUCGGACGGGUUGGCGCUACUGAUGAGCGGGGCCCUGAUGUCUGGAAACCUGCAUCCGGGCCCUGAAGCCGGGGUCCUCCUGGAUGGAGGCCAGAGGUCUGUGUCUUCCCUUAAGCAGGAGCCCCUCGACGACUUCUCUCCCAGCGAGGACGAACUCUUUCAGCACAGCUAUCAUCACCAUCACAUGAGUGGUCGAGAACAUCAGCAAACCACCGUGGGAGAAGUAAAACGUGAGGAAAGUGUCAGUGGGGACGGUGAAGCCUCUCAGAAACAAGAGGAAGAGACUCAUUCUAAAGAACAGGAAGAAGGUGAGAAGCAGCUUGAAAACAUAGAUAGCACUAAAGAUGAGGAGGUCAGCGAGGCUAUGGAGGAUGAAAAGACUUCAGGAGAUGAGGCCACAGCAGAGAAGAACAGAUCAAAGUGUGCGGAGAAUACGAAUGACACCCCACAAUCUAUAAAUAAAGAAACUAAAGCUCAGGAUAGCACGACUGCAGACUCUCUUGAACAAGCAGUAGCUACAGCUAUGGAUGUUGAAGCUGUUACAGAAGAUGACGCAAAGGAGGAGGGAGUUGCAAAAGAAAACCAGAUUGAGAAUGACGAGAAGGGGCAAGGGCCAAAAAGUGACGAAGAGGAUGAGUCAUCAGUAUCAGAGCCAAAUAAAAAGACUGAUGAAACAGCAUCACCAGAUAAUGCAGAGGCGAUGACAGCAAGCGAGACAAUGGAGAUAAAAGCAGAAUCCUCUGAGGAGCGAGAGGCCCUCAGCUGUGAAGAGGCUCCUGCGACUGACGCAGAGGAAGCACAGCAGGCAGAAAGCGAGAACAGGACUGCAGCAUCAGGAGCAGAAGUCACUGCAGAGACUUCGAGCAGCUCGGCAGAGGAGAGCAGAGACACCACAGUUGAGACAGCAGCAGACAAAAAUUUGGAAAAUAUAAAUAAUGCAAUUGGGGAAAAUGCAAAGGAUGAGGAAAGUAAAGAUGAAGCUAAAGAAGAGUCAGAAACAGCAGCUGAUACAGAUGACAGUCAAGGACAGAUGGAGACGGGAGAACAGAAGACCGUAAUACCUGUGGAAAUACAUGAGCAGAAGGAGCAGAAGUCUGAAGCGCAUCAUGAAGACCAGGGACAACAAAGUCAUCUAAAUUUAGAAGAAACAGCAGAAAAUGAAAAUACACUGCAAGGGGGAAAUGGUGAAAAGCAGGAAACUGAAGAGGGUGACUAUGACAAUAAGGCGGAUGAAGAAUACCUGACAGAGGAGACUGAAAAUGUUAUGAAUAUUAACACAAGAGAGGAUAAAGAAGCAGAGGAAACCCUUAAUGAACAUGAUCCAAUCACUAAAGAAGAACCAGGAAAAGCUCAGGAUGACCAGGAGAGUGAAUGUGUUGAGAACAAGGAUGAAAACAAGAAAUCUGAAGCCUUGGAAGCCGAAGAAGACAACCAGGACCAAGACAAAAAUGAGAAAAGUGCAGCUGUUGACAUAAACAAUGAUGCAGAAAAAUAUGACAGAAAUGACAAAGAGAGUAAAAUGGAGCAAGAAGCUUUAGACAAUAAGAAUCCUGAAAGCUGUGAGGACAAAACAGAUGCAGCAGAUAAGACUACAGUAGAAAUGUUAGAGCUUACAGAAGACACAGAUAAAGACAAUGUGAAAAAAUCCAAUGAAAAUAUUCAAUCAGACGAUGUUGGUGGGAGUGACUCAGCAGAGACUGCUCAAUCAAAUGAAAAACCAUCAGAUAAAACAGAGAGAAAUAUUGAGAUAGAAGCUGAGAAAGCCAGUCACAGCAAUGAACACGGACAAAUUGAUGCUGAAAAUGGUGAAAUAUCUGCUGGAGCUGAAAGCAAUGCUCAUUUGCAAGAAGAUAGACAGGAUUUAAAAGCAGAAGCACAGCAAGGCCAGGAAGAAAUAAAAACAGAGGAAUCCACUGAAAGCCAGAGUUCACAUGUGAAAAAAGCACCCACAAGAUCUGAAGAAGGUUCAGAGAAACUUGCAGAAAAUAACAUCAGUGAGGUGAAUACUGUGUCUUCCAGGGCUCAGGAACAAUCUUCAGCCCCCGUGCCUGUUCCUUUAGAUAAUAUCUCUCAUCUGUUAGAUCUUGACAAUAAGGAGUCGAGUGAGAAAUUUGAAUCCAAAGAAGAAAAACUUCCACAUGUGGAUGAAAAUGUGGUCAGCGUUGAUCACUCUGCUACAGAGGGAGAAAACGGAGCAGACACAGAGGAGGCGAGCAAGGCCUCUGAGGAAGGAGCGAGUGUGCUGCUCAAACCUGACGCACAGAACAAUGAGGCCCAUGAUUCAGGACAAGGCGUCACAGCCAUCAAAGGACCCGCCGAGGCCCUGGCAGUGGCCGACAACACCGAUCUGGUGACAAACUGGGUUAACAUGCACCAGUCCUCAAAGUAUUUUGAGACUUUUGUUGAACCCUUAGAAGAUCUGAGGAAGAUUUCAGAUGAUCAAGCAUCCACCUGUAAUAAAGAAGAGACACUGUCAAUCGUCCAUCCCAAAACAGAGACUUCACCCGAGGCGGCAAAGACGCUGAAAGAGGAAGAGAAAGGAUCUGAGUUAAAGGCUGAAAGUGAGUCAGGAGACCGAACCAAAGUGGAAACUGUGGAAGCAGAUCUAGAGAGCAUUCAUGCUGAAGAUAAACCAUGUGAGAGUCACUCUGCCAACAACACGCAGCAGGUGGAAGAAACUGCUGAGGUAAAAAACUUAAUACCAAUAUCAACGACUGAACAAAGUGACACGGAGUCUUCAAACAGGCAGGACACAACAUCUGGAGCACACAAAGCAAGCAGGGGUCGCUUGAAGAAGACAUGGUUCAAGGGACCAACAGAAGGAGAUGGUGAAGUAAACGCUUUUUCAAAGACUGAAGUGGAAAGCAUCACAGCUACAGUUCACUCUGUGGCCAGUCACAAAGCUGGGAGUGUUUCUGAUAACCAACCUAAUGAGAAAACCAUUAACAAUGGUCCUGACUUCAGUUUAGGUCAAAUAGCAACCAAAGAGAUGAAGGAUCCUUCUCUAGAGGAUUUUCACAAUUCAAAGAGCCCAGACAAACUGAAAGAUGCAGCAGAAACAUGGGAGAGUGCUGACGUUCAAAGUCAAGAAAUUACAGAAAUAAGUGAACUGACAGCAUCAAAGCUGGAUGACAGAAGUCAAGAAGACUCCCGCGGGGGAACUGACGCCAAGGUGUCAGAUGAAAACAAUGGCAAGGACAGAAACGAGCUGAUCCAAGACAUCAAACACACUCUCAGCAAAGACAGACUCAGUACUUUCCUAGUCGACGAAACCAUGUUUGGCUGCAGUUCAUACCCUUUAUUAACCGCUGCAAGGACUGAGAGUGGACAUUAG